AUGACAGCAUCUCCCAAGAAAGCGGACGAUAUGGCAUCAUUUACCAAGCUUUCUUCCUGCAUCUAUAUUCAAGAGCCAGACGUCCCGGCCGACGACAGCGGAGACUACCCCCGCACAAUCGUCAUUGCAUUCUGGAUGAACGCUGCCACUAGGUCAUUGGUCAAAUACGUUGCCGGAUACCGAAAGCUGGCCCCUCGCGCCAGGAUUAUCUUCAUCCGAACAUCCUCUACUGAAUUUAUCCUACGUCCUACAAAGCGAGCUCAGUAUGCCCGUCUUGCACCUGCCGUUGAAGCCCUACAGACUCUUCCAGCCGACAGCCCUGUGUUUAUUCACAUGUUCUCCAACGGCGGCGUCUUCGCCGUAACAUAUCUCCUCGAGGCCUACCAGAAAGCCACCGGCUAUCCGCUUCGUGUCUCCUCCACGGUUAUUGACAGUGCCCCUGGAACUGCUACGAUCUCCGCGUCAUUCAAGGCUUUCUCUUACGCCCUUCCGAAGACAUGGAUUCUGAAUAUCUUGAGUAAGAUCUUCUUGUGGACCUACUUAGCUUCUUUCUUUGUGCUAGGAAAGACGGUUGGGACAUUAUUUGGAAUUCGUGAUGCUAUUAGCGUCGCCCGGCAGAGCAUCAACGACAUCAAGAUGAUGCGCGGAUCCGACAAAGCUGCCCGUCCGAGACGGUGCUAUAUUUACUCGGAUGCUGACGAGCUUGUUGACUGGAAGGAUGUGGAGACACAUGCCUCCGAUGCAGAAGCAAAGGGCUUUGUAGUCCGUCGGGAAAAGUAUGCAGGGUCGGAACAUGUGGCGCAUAUGAGGGCUGAUCCAGAGCGCUACUGGGAUACCGUGACGCUCUAUCUUAACGACCCUGAGCCUGCACAGACCCUUCCUGGUUCGAGUUAG